AGUCUGCACAUGCGCAGUGACAACAUCGACCGGAUCGCCCAAAGUCUGCACAUGCGCAGUGACAACAUCGACCGGAUCGCCCCAAGUCUGCACAUGCGCAGUGACAACAUCGACCGCAUCGCCCCAAGUCUUCACAUGCGCAGUGACAACAUCGACCGGAUCGCCCCAAGUCUUCACAUGCGCAGUGACAACAUCAACCGGAUCGCAACAAGUCUGCACUCGCGCAGUGACAACAUCGACCGGGUCGCCCAAAGUCUGCACAUGCGCAGUGACAACAUUGACCGGAUCGCCCCAAGUCUGCACAUGCGCAGUGACAACAUUGACCGGAUCGCCCCAAGUCUGCACAUGCGUAGUGACACAAACACCAUCCAGUCGGCCGAACGCCGCAGUUUUCAGUUUCCGGAACAACGAAAACGUGUCCAACUCGGAGGUGCAGUACCUAAUACAGACUUAACUCGACGUUCCCGUACGAAGUAUCCAGUCGAUCCCCUCGAUAUCCGGUCGGCACGACCCGGGGUCAACUCCCGCUGGGUCGUCGAAAAUUUGUACUACAGCGGAUAUGGCAAAAGCUAUACAGUCGGGGCUUCAAGUGGGCACGGACCGGCUGGAGUUCUACCCGCAUGAUGACGUCACUAGACGCGAAACCGCGGCCUAUAGAAACUACAUGGAGGUUGUUAACGCUCAUGCAGUGAUAGCGGCGUCUGCUGAUAACGCAGUGCGCGGGAAACUUUAAAACGGAGUUUCCAGCGGUCGA